AUGGGGAGUGUCAACGUAAAUCGUAAUGUCAGCGAUGCGUUUUAUCGCUAUAAAAUGCCACGGAUUCAAGCCAAAGUAGAAGGCAAGGGAAAUGGUAUCAAAACUGUGAUCGUGAAUAUGGUUGAUGUCGCGAAAGCGAUUGGAAGACCUGCCACCUAUCCUACUAAGUACUUUGGUUGCGAGCUCGGAGCACAAACUCAAUUUGAUUUCAAAAAUGAAAGAUUUAUAGUAAAUGGUUCGCACGAUGCUACAAAAUUGCAAGAUCUUUUGGAUGGAUUCAUUCGCAAAUAUGUAUUAUGCCCAGCUUGCGAUAAUCCUGAGACCGAAUUGAUGGUCAGUUCGAAAAAAGGGACUAUUUCACAGGGAUGCAAAGCAUGUGGCUAUCACGGACUACUGGAAAGUAAUCAUAAAUUGAACACUUACAUUCUAAAGAACCCACCGAGCUUGAAUCCUGCUGUUCAAGGUAGUUCUUUAACUGAAGGUAAACGUGGGAAACGUUCAAAACGUGCGAAUGGUGAAACAACUACCACUACAACCACUGCUACUGCUAAUGGCGAUCGAUCUGGUUCUCCGGAAAACGAUACCAAUACCACCGAUAUCGUAGUCGAGGCUCCUGAAAAAAUGGCGGACGAGAACGGAGAUGAUGAUAAUUGGGCAGUUGACGUGUCAGAGGAGGCAGUCAGAGCUCGUCUACAAGACUUGACAGACGGGGCAAAAGGAAUGACCAUCAGCGAUGAUCUUGACAAGACUGAAAAAGAGAGGAUGGACAUGUUUUAUAAGUUAGUUAAAUGUCGUCGCGACGCUGGGCAAUUGGAUAAUCAUAAAGAGCUGAUCACAGAGGCCGAACGUCUGGAAAUCAAGACAAAAGCGCCAUUGAUUCUGGCCGAACUACUCUUCGAUCAAAAUAUUGCUGCUCAAGCUAAAAAGUAUCGAGUACUUCUCCUUCGUUUUACCCACGAUGAUAUUAAGGCGCAGAAAUAUUUAAUUAGAGGAAUUGAACAAGUAAUAGCGCUGCAUAAAGAUGCUUUGAUGCCGAAAGUACCUGGCAUUUUAAAGCUCUUUUACGAUGCUGAUAUUUUGGAAGAAAAAGCAUUAUUCGAAUGGUCAAACAAAGUGACUAAAAAAUACGUAUCAAAAGAUUUAUCCCAAGAAAUUCACGAUAAAGCUGCACCAUUUUUAACUUGGUUACAAGAAGCAGAAGAAGAGGAUUCUGAACCAGAAGAAGAAGACGAUGAUUUAGAGAUUGAAUACGACGAUAGAGCCAAACAAUCACUAAAACCACAAGAGUCACCCCCUAUGCAGAAGCCUGCUAUAGUCAAUGAAGACUCGGAUGACGAAGAUGAUUUUGAUAUUGAUGCCAUUUAAAAAGAUGCUCAGUAGUCGGACAUAAAAAAUAGAAGAAGAAGAAUAGAAAAAAUAUGUCCGAUAAAUGAUGACGAACGAUUAUUUCUCACACGAUACAAAGAGUCGCAAUGCAAUGUAUUAUAAUAUAGCAUUUUGUUAUUUUAGGCCAAGAAGUGAUUAUGAAUGCCAUUAUAUAUAUAUGAGAAAUUUUAACUGUUCCCAAGUUAGCAAUAUUUAUCUGUACCGUAACACUUUUAAUUGUUUUUAAUAAGGCGAUUACGAAUUACCUAUACAUUAUUCCUAAUUAAUUAUUGAGAGAUUUAAAAAAAAAACAGAUGCUUCUAUACAUUGAUAUGCAUCUAUUUUAGAAGAAAUAAAAUAUUGAUAGUUCUCUGCCGUUAUUGGGAAGUUGGCCUGCUAAAAGCGUUCUCUAUUGUAUCUAUUUACUAUUCAAAUAAUAAUUAUUCAAAUAAAUAUGGUUUACCGCAAUA